UCCCUUUUGUUCUCUCUUGCUAUUUGAUACACACAAUCUCAAAAUCAUUUGAACCUUUUCUAAACAAACUUAACGAAAGUUUUCUAAGGCAUUUUUCUAGCCGGAUUCAGUUUUUAUCUGUCUGUCAGCCUGUUAAAAAAAUUCGUUAAGUUAAAUAAUCAUGAGGAGCAAGCUAUUUACAUCGUCGAAGGCCUCAUCACCAUCGCAUUCGUAUGCUCAAUCGCCAGCUAGGACACCGAUGAUGUCGUCACCAAUGAACACUCCUUUUCAUCAUCAUCGAACAUUUUCGGCUUCCAUCAUGGAAGAAGAUUUGUUAGACGCCGAACAAAUCAUCCAACGAUGGGACCUCGAUUCUCCGUCUUACACAAAAAUAGAAUAUUUAUUUACCGGAGAAAGACGUGAAGCGAAAAUGUUUAUCAAGUCCGUUACUAGCUUACAAUCCGCUAUGCAUUUCUUCGUUUCCGAAAGUGCUAGUUCGGAAAAAAUCAUUCACGCUCAAAAGUUAAUGCAAAUAGCCAUGAAGAGGCUACAAAAAGAGUUUUAUCGAAUUCUGUCGUCGAAUAGAGACGCUCUAGAUUCAGAAUCCGUUUCUAACCACUCGUAUGCUAGAUCGAGUAGUGUUUCUGAUGACGAUAAUGUAUCUGAUCAAGAAGACGAAAUUCCAAACUCUCCGGUCUCUGAUAGAAAGAAGAUUUCGGUUUCAGAUAUGGCUAUGAAUGAUUUAAAAACAAUAGCCGAUUGUAUGAUGUCAUCUGGAUACAGUAAAGAAUGUGUCAAGAUUUACAAAAUUAUCCGAAGAUCGAUAGUGGAUGAAACUUUGUAUAAUCUCGGAAUCGAGAAUUAUACUUUGAAUCAGAUCAACAAAAUGGAUUGGGAAAUUCUCGAAUCGAGAAUAAAAUCUUGGGUGCGUGGUGAAAAAGUCGCGGUGAGAUCGCUCUUUUACGGAGAGCGAAUUCUAUGCGACUUUGUUUUUUCAUCUUCAGACAAGAUCCGAGAAGCGUGUUUUUCGGAAAUAUGUAAAGAACGAGCCGCGAGUCUGUUCGAGUUUCCGGAACUCGUAGCCAAGUCGAAGAAAUCGAUGGAGAGAAUGUUCCGUACGUUAGAUAUGUACAACGCGAUAUCGGAUCAAUGGACGGAUAUCGAGAUGAUAUUUUCAUUUGAAUCCACGUCGGUCGUCCGUACACAGGCUGUCACGUCUCUAGUGAAACUCGGUGACUCAGUCCGAGUUAUGCUAACAGAUUUCGAAACGGCUAUACAAAAAGAAACAUUGAAAACACCGGUACACGGGGGAGGUGUUCACCCGUUGACACGUUACGUUAUGAAUUAUUUAGUUUUUUUAAGCGAUUAUAGUCCGGCGUUAUCUGAUAUAGUAGCAGAUUGGCCACUCUUAGUACAGUCACCGUUACCCGAAGCAUAUUUUCCUAGCUCGACUUCUUCAGACGAUUCUUCUUCGUCUAUCACAGCUCGUUUCGCGUGGUUAGUACUUGUUUUACUUUGCAAAAUAGACGGUGGGGCCGAGCUUUAUAAAGACGUGGCACAAUCUUACUUGUUCCUUGUCAACAAUUUAAACUACGUCGUUUCAAAGGUUAGCAACUCGAAUUUGAGUUUGUUAAUCGGCGUCGAUUGGAUAGAAAAGCAUAAGCAGAAGGUGAAGCAGUAUGCGGCAAAUUACGAACGUAUAGGAUGGAGUAAAGUGAUUUCUUCAUUACCCGAAAAUUUAGAUGCUGAAAAACUAACCCUUGAAAUGGCGAGAAAUUGUUUUAGACGGUUUAAUCUAGAGUUUAACGACGCGUACAAGAAGCAGUCGACAUGGGUUAUUGUAGACCACAAGAUUAGAGACGAGAUUAAAGUUUCGAUAGCGAAAAAGAUUGGGCCUGCUUACAAAGAGUUUUAUGAGAAAUAUCGGAAUGUGUUUAGAGGUGUGGAUUCAGUGGUUAGAUAUGCGCCUGAUGAUUUGGGGAAUUAUUUGUCGGAUUUGUUUCAUGGUACCGGAGCUCCGGGAAGCGUUAGUAAUUCGUCACAUUCGUCGUCUUCUAGCUCCUUGUCCAGAAGCCGUUAACUAAGACAGUUGGUAUAGAUCGAUGAUCACUAGAUUACUAUAUAUUGUAAAGCUGUAGAUACCAAACUAUAUAUGGAUCAACGAAAAAGAAAUCGUCAUACAAUUCUUUUAUUGAGUAUAUAGAAAAAAAAUAUUGUUAUU